CCCAGUUCUGGCUCCAGACUGACCCAAAAAGCAGGACCAGGAUUUAAAUGAACUAUGGAUCUGAAGGACAGCACCAGCGAGGGCAGCAUGGGCAGCCUGCAGCCUUCCAGCAUCCAGAUUUUUGCCAACACCACCACGCUCCACGGGAUCCGUCACGUCUUUGUCUACGGGCCGGUGACCAUCCGGCGCCUGCUCUGGACCUUGGCCUUUGUGGGCUCGCUAGGUCUGCUCCUGGUGGAGAGCUCGGACAGGGUGGCUUUUUACUUCUCCUACCAGCACGUGACCAAAGUGGACGAGGUGGUGGCGAACAGCCUGGUGUUUCCUGCUGUCACCAUCUGUAACCUCAACGAGUUCCGCUUCUCCCGGCUCACCACCAAUGACCUGUACCAUGCUGGGGAGCUCCUGGCUCUGCUGGAUGUCAACCUACAGAUCCCCAACCCUCACCUGGCUGACCCCGCUGUCUUAGCCACCCUCCAAGAAAAGGCCAACUUUAAGCAGUAUAAACCCAAAGUUUUCAGCAUGCAAGAGUUCCUGUCACGGGUUGGCCACGACCUGAAGGAUAUGAUGCUGUACUGCAAGUUCAGAGGCCAGGAGUGCAACCACAAGGACUUCAAAACAGUGUUUACAAAAUAUGGGAAAUGCUACAUGUUUAACUCAGGAGAGGAGGGGCGGCCUCUCCUCACCACGGUGAAGGGGGGGACUGGGAACGGCCUGGAAAUCAUGCUGGACAUCCAGCAGGACGAGUAUCUGCCCAUCUGGGGAGAAACCGAGGAGACGACGUUCGAGGCUGGAGUCAAGGUGCAGAUCCACAGCCAGUCCGAGCCUCCCUUCGUCCAGGAGCUGGGAUUUGGGGUGGCCCCCGGAUUCCAGACCUUUGUGGCCACCCAGGAGCAAAGACUGACGUACCUGCCCCCGCCGUGGGGCGAGUGCCGCUCCCCGGAGCUGGGGCUGGCGUUUUUCCCGGUGUACAGCGUCACGGCCUGCAGGAUCGACUGCGAGACACGCUACAUCGUGGAGAACUGCAACUGCAGGAUGGUGCACAUGCCAGGGGAUGCUCCCUUCUGCACCCCGGAGCAGUACAAGGAGUGCGCAGAGCCGGCGCUCAGUCUCCUGGCAGAGAAGGACAGCAAUUACUGCAUCUGCAGGACCCCCUGUAACCUCACCAGGUACAACAAGGAGCUCUCCAUGGUCAAGAUCCCCAGCAAGACCUCGGCCAAGUACCUGGAGAAGAAGUUCAACAAGUCGGAAAAAUACAUCUCAGAGAAUAUUCUCGUGCUGGACAUUUUUUUUGAAGCACUCAACUAUGAGACCAUUGAGCAGAAGAAAGCCUAUGAAGUGGCAGCCUUACUUGGUGACAUUGGUGGCCAGAUGGGGCUGUUCAUCGGGGCCAGCAUCCUCACCAUCCUCGAGCUCUUCGAUUACCUGUAUGAGCUGAUCAAGGAAAAGUUAUUGGACCUUCUUGGAAAAGAGGAAGAGGACGGGAGCCAUGACGAGAACGUGAGCACCUGUGAUCCAGUGCCAAACCACUCGGAGAGCCUGAGCCACACUGUGACCGUGCCCCUGCAGGCCCCGCUGGGGACGCUGGAGGAAAUCGCCUGCUGACCCCUCCCCACCACAGUGCCCAUCCCGAGGAAGGAAAACUGCACAGGGAAAACAGGGACCCAGCUCAGGUUUGCACUGGGGGGAAAAAAAAAAAAAAGAUGGAAAAAAAAAAUACUGGAAAAAAAUUAUUGGAAAGAAAAUUAUUUUAAAAAAUCUAUUAAAAAAAUAAAAAAAAAGAAGAAUAAAAACUCGCUAUGCAUUAAAAGAAUAUAAAAAUAAUAUAAAAAUAUAAAUUCUAAAUAUACUCUGCCCAAAGUGAGAGGCGCCUUGGACCUGACUCCUGUUGUCCUUUCCUCCUGGGGGUUUGGCUCCAACCUGGGAAGCAGCUCCCAGGCUGGGAGAGCUGGGAAUGUUCACCUGGAAAAGGGAAGCUCAGAGAAGAGAAACCUCAGAGCCCCUUCCAAUGCCUAAAGGGGCUCCAGGAGAGCUGGAGAGGGACUUGGCACAUGGGAUGGAGGGCCAGGACACUUUUUGGGAUUGUCCAAGCCUCAGCAGCAGCAGCAGCAGCAAAUCCCAAAGGAAGCAUCCCAAAUACCCUGAGCACUGCACGCCAGGGCUUUUCCUGGCCCCAGGAUUCCUCAGCUGCCUCUCUCAGCUCUGUUCCUCUUUGCAGUCCCUGGGUUUCAGUGCCAGAAGGAUCAUCCCAGAAUUCUCCAUUCCCAGCGCCGUAGGCUGAGAGUUUUACAAUAAAGAGAUCCCAAAGUCGGCACUCUCGGAUUCUUCUCCCGGUCGCGUCCUCUGGGUGAGGUUGGGCUGAAUCCCGAGCUCAGCCCAAGGUGAGCAUCCCUGGAGAGGAGCCACAGGGAUCCCUAUGGAUCAUCCCAGCCCUGCUGUGCCUGCAGAGUCCGGGAGCAGCGGGUGGGGUUGGGUUCAUUAAUUUCUUUAAUUUUUGGGGGGAACUUUUUGAAUUUUCUUCUUCUCCCAUUUAUGGAUUCUGUGCUUUCUCCUCAUUCUCCUGACUGAUAUUAAAGCUGGUCUUGUGGAAA